UCGGGUUCAAACACAGCUAAAGCAAAGCCAGGCACAGCCAGAGAGCCCUGCCAGGGGUGACUUGCCCUUAAACUCCAAAGUCUGGUCCUCUUAUGGAAGGAGAGAAUUUGGCCCCAAGAGCACCCAGUUCCAAGCAUGAGACAGGAAUGCUGGGCUGUGCCCUUGGACGGGUAACACACGGCCUGGGGGCGCACACAGGACCCAGCUCCCGCCGAGAGAGACCAGACCCUGCCCGGGCAUCAGCCCCAGGCAACGAGCUGGACCCCACCUGGGGGCACCUGGAGCAGGGGGUGCAGCAUUACGGCUCUCGCUGCUCCCCUCGGAGUGCCGCAGCAAUUCCCCGUGCCGGUCCCUUGCUGCCACCUGGUGCCACCUCGCCACAACUGCCGGGGAGCUGGGAUGUUGAAAUUUGGGACGCCGCGGGCAUCGAGGAUGGGAAGCCGCUGGGCACAGAAGCACCUGUGAGGUCCCCGUUCUCAACACCCACGGUCCCAAGCAGCCCCACGUCCUCCAGCCUUCACCUGGCUCUGCAAACAAGCCAACGACCUCUCCUGCCUACGGGGUCAAAGGCAGGACUCCAAAUAUUUCCCAACCUCGUGGACACCACCAAUGGCUAUUUAUGCUAAGGCAAACGUGUUCCCGGCAUUGGAUCUGGUCCCCAUGGCAUCCCCGAACAGCUCGGGAACGGAAGUACAGAGCACCUAGAAACGGUCAGGAUGGUCAGUAAGAACUAGUCAUGUUACUCCAAAUCAAUUUGCUUUUGCAAGAGGACAACAGGUCCCAGAAGCAGAGAGAGCAGCAAGGACUCUAUUUCUUUAGUAAGGUUUUUUUGCUCAGCAAGGCUCUGUCAUUCCCAUUGGGAAAAUAAAGAAGCUCAAGAUUAACUCAACCUGCAAGAUGGCUGCAAAACAUGCAGCAAGAUUCUUUUCAUUAGUUACCCGAGGUUCUCUGUGGAAAGGGGAGGAGACAGUGGAAGAUUCUCCACGGCUCCAUGAGUGGCUCAGCUGAGACUGCCCCAAGGGGAUCUACUGGAGGGCUGUGGUAGAAUACAGAUGAUCUUGGCAAAUAGAAAAAAAAAAAAAAAGGUGUGGGAAAGGAGGAUGUAGUUUUGGAAAGACUUACGCAGUAUUCUGCUUCCAGGUAUGAAUUACCCGCGUGCAAAAGCAGGCUGGGGAUCAAGGCUGCAUGAAAAGGUGACUCAUAGGCUGAGCCACCUCACUUGGGGUGGUGGAGGGGUUGUUAUUGUUACUAUUUAUUUAUUUUAACCCAAACUGACUGGGACGUUUGCCCUUGAAACACUGUCGCAAGACACCCGUUGUUUGAAGCCAGCAAAGUGUAAGCCCAGAUCUUGUGCCCAGCGGCUGCAUUAUCCCUCCAGGUACAGCAGCAGCUGGCAAAGCCUGUGGGAUUUUAUUCUGGACACAGCAGAUCUGUGAACAUCAAAGAGGGAGCUGCAGGGAGAUGUGAACACUGCCAGCAUCUGAUGGGAACAGGAGAAGUAAUAAGCUUAAAUUUCAACACAGCUUCAGGCUGUUCAUUAGGAUGCCCUCUGAACCCAUCAGCUCCUGGGGAACUGUGGUGGAGUGUCCAAAACCAGUGGGAACCUUCAGGGCUUAUGCAGGAGAUGAUCUAGGGAUGGCCUGGAUAAUCUUGUGAAGAUUUGUCCCAGCUCUACAUUACUACUGUCCCAUGAAAUGGCUUUGGGGCUGCUCCUUCAGUGACAGACAGACACUGUCCUGGUGGUCAGGCUCUCCUUCCUGGGCAUUCCCAAUGCUCGGCUGGAAAAGGCAGAGGCCAUGGCAGACCCGAGUGAAGCCUCUCCUGCAGCUGUGCCUGUCCCUCGAGAGGACUUUGUGUGACCCACCCGGGAGUGCAGGACACUGCGAGCCAGGGCCCGGGCCAGGGAACGCUCUGCAAACCCACGGGGAAGCGAAAUCCCAGCGCAGUUACCAGAAACCUGCUCGGCCAGAGCUCCCGUGCAGCUUUCCCGGAACGCGCCCAAGCAAACAAAAUCAGCGGAGCAGCGCACCAGGGCUGGCUGCGGCUGCUCUCCAAGCAAACGGAGGUUUCUGGGAAAGAGUGGGGUUCGGAGAGGCUGAGGUGGCCCUGGCUGCCGUGUGCCGGACUCCCGGCACCGCCGGAGCCUUGUCACCGUGUCAGGCCACCCCGCUCAUGGCUGUUUGCUCCCGCCGCCUCUGUCCCUCCGCAGACCGGGAUGCUCAGCAGCAGAACAGCUCGCUCACAGGAAAUAUUAGAUUUUUUUUCCAGCCAGCCCUGUUGUGUUUGGGAGCCUCUUUCCAGGAUAUAGUGAAACAGCCUCAGCAAGACUCAUAUCAGCCUAGGAGCCUGCUUUGUAUGAAAGGAAGCCGGAGGUUUGCUCUCCACGUCGGGAGCCGCGGGCAGAGGCAGCAGGCAGGCAGCGCUGUCGGGCAGGGAAUGGCAGGGAGAAGUCACCGGCUGCUGGCGGCUCAGCGAGCGCUUAAUGAGCAACCCCAAACCACCCCCAGGAGGCUCCAGUUCGGAGAACUGCCUCCCAGAAGGAAACACAACCAAACCCGAGCCCCCUGCCAGACCCUGUAUGUUUUUUCUUGCAUUGGCUGCAAGUCUCAGCUGCAGGGUCCUGGCAGGGGACCCCUGCCAUGUCACCAGGCAGCACAGGGAACACAGGGAACACUGCCCCAGGCUCUACAGGGACGGGGUUUGGGGCUGCGGUGCCCCCUCUGCAGUGGGUGAGGGGAACAUGCUCCAGGGCACUCUCAUCCAGGCUUCCAAGGGAAAAAUGAUGUGUCUGGGAGGACUGUGACACACAUCGGGGCAGGGGAAGGCUCAGCUGAGUGGUGGCCUGCCAGAGUGGGGAGCACCCAUGACAGCACUCAAACCACAGUGCCAGACCCCCUGAGCACCACUCUGCCCUUCAGAGGGUGCUUUGUGCAGAUAUGCUGGUGAAACCCUCCCACAAGGCAGCAAAUGUUAAUUAAUCUCCUUUGCUGGCGGAAAAAAGGGGGGGAAAUGGUUUUCUACUGCAGACAAGCAUCUGUCUGCAGCUGUGUGGAACAGGACCCAGACCAGGGUUCCCUGAAGGUCCGUGUUUCAAGGCCAUCACAUUUUCCUUUUCAGCAUCAACUGCAAGUACCCUUUCAGCAUCACACACCAAGUACCCAGGUACUUGGCUGCCACCAGCUCUGUCCCUCCUGCUCCCAGUGACACUCCAUGAGCAGGUACCACCACAGAUUUGGAUGCUCAGCAGCAAAACAGCUCGCUCAGAAGUAGUAUUAGAUUUAUUUCAAGCCAGCCCUGAUGUGUUUUGGAACCUCUUUUCAGGAUACAGUGCAACAGCCUUAUCAAGACCCACAACAACCAAGGGCCUACUCCUCACUCAGCUUUUGUGGGAACCUGCACCUCCAGGAGCCUCGUGAGCCAGCCCAGCCCAGUACAGACCUGGCUUAGCCACGUGGCUACAGGGAAAGCAAUACUCACACAUGGGGCACCAAACCAAAAGGGCAGCUCCUCCCUCCUGCCACACCAGGAUGCUCAGGCUACGUGCAGGUUCCCAGUACUGAGCUUGCCACAACUGGGAUCCAGUAGUUUCCUUAUGGUUCCAUCAGUUCUGCCCUCCAGACACAAAAACCCACCAGGAGCAGCCGAAGCCUCUGCCCCUUCCCAAGCCCCCUCACCAGCCCAGAGCCUCAGCUGUACCUGGCUGGUGAUGAGAGCUCACGGGGGGCUCCGUGCCACGGGGACAGCAGCCAGAGCCAAGGCAGCAAGCCUUGUUUGGAGUGGGGCUCUCCUGGCUCCCAGCAGGCAAGGAGGGUUAACGGGAGCAGCAGCCAGGUGUGUUGCAGGUGCAGGCUGCUUGCAUCCCUGCCUCUCCAGCAGGCUCAGCUGCCAUGGGGCCAGCCUGGGCCCCCUCCAACACAGACCUGAAGGGUUUUACUGCUGAACUACAAGAGACUGCAACACAUGAUGCAGAUGCCCUGAGCCAGCCCAAGCUCAGCCCCUACCUGUGGGGGAGAAACCCCCUCCCACCUCUGUGCUGUGAUCAUUAACAGGGUCACCUUGAGGCAUGCAUCACUGCAGCAGUGGAGCAGCGGCAGGGCACAGCCAGGAAGAUGCUCCUCAGCCCUCCCUGCAGCUCCUCUGGCAAACAAUGCAGCUGCUGAGUCUCAAGAGCCUCCUGGGAGAAGGAGAAAUGCAAAUACUUUUGCCUGCAAAUUGAUGUAAUGUUAUUCCUAGCACAGUGUAUGAGUUCAGUAAGGCUUGCAAUAAUAGAUGAAAUUGGCAUUUAA